CUCGUGUUUUCUUAAUAAAAAUGUGCAAAAGUUUUGUUCGGAAAAAGGUUUGAAGUGAGCUAUUUUCCUACUAGAUAUGAUAAAAAGUUUUAUCUGUAAACAAUGCGGAAUGUCAAUUUUCGAAGACAAGGAAACUAUGGCUAAGGACGAGAGAGUUAUGCAAAAUACUAUCGAGAUUGACGGCGAAUUGGUACAGCUGAGAGGGAAAAAUGUUGAAAGUGAGAAAAAAAGGAAAAGUUUGAGGAGCUCCAUUAGGGAGAGCUUCAGGAAUAAUGCGCUCAGGAGGUCGCUGGUUAGGAGGGCCAAGAGUUUCGAGCCCCAGAAAGAUCGUCCCCGAAUCAAGCCAAAGCGCUCGAAAACGCUGAAAUUCUUCACAUCAACCGUCCCUCGUUCGCUCUUCACCCCGCUCGUCAUCCGAAUAUAUUUGAUGCCCAAAGAGUAGGGAGAACAUGCCGUUCAGGCAGCCCCCUGCGCCCCUCCUGGUCGAGGAUCCGCCCAGCACCGACGAUGGGUCUGAUCUGGAAGACGUAAAACCAUCAACUGACCCCGCGCUCCUUAAUGGGUCGUCUGGCAAUUUUGGGAGCGCGGGGGCCCGGUCGGCUCCCGGAACCCCACAAGGGACACUCGGUACUUCCCCGGAACCUGUCUCGCAGCCAUGCAGUCCGGGCUGCACAUCGCCCUCGAUCCAGCGAAGUCCAAGUCACUCGCUCUUCACUAAAUGCGAUAAAGCGUCUUUGAAACACUUAUCGACGUCGACGCCGGCCAUGACGGCCCAAGCGCAGCUCACCGAACCCCCCAGCCCCAAAACGGCAAAGGAGAACAAAGUGCCUACGACGUCGAAAGCGCGCCAGAAAAAAUUCAACAGACACUUUCCGGCUGUUGACGAUGACGAGAAAGUCCUAAAUCAUUAUUCCUGUGCCCUUAUCGGUGAUAUUCUGCUACAAGGCCACUUGUACAUCACCAAAAACUACUUUGCGUUCUAUUCCAACGUCUUCGGAUACGUGACCAAGCUUCUCAUUCCAAUGCUGUCCGUGGAGAAAAUAACGAAAGAAAAAACCGCAAGGAUAAUCCCCAACGCUGUUGGAAUCGCCACAAGCGAGGACAAGCACGUUUUCGGCAGCCUAAUGUCACGUGACAGCACCUACCGUUACAUGGUCAAAGUCUGGGAGGUGGCCCAGAACGCCUCUCUCCUCGUCGUCGAGCCGGAAAUUGUGGAACCUGUAGUGUCGGACAGCGACAGCACGGAGACGCGCGAAGGCGAAAGCGGCCGAGAGUCGCCUCUUCCCACUCCCCGAUUUGCUCAGAUGGUCCUCAAGGAGCACAAGGACACCGCUGCCACAGGGCCUAAGGUCGAAAACCAACAACGCUCAAUGGAACUGCUCUACGCUCUCAAGCAGGCCAUCUCGAAAUUUGCCAGCCUACCGCGACAGAGCCUAAUACUGUUCGCCACCACGUUGCUCCUCAUUCUCCUCUUCUUAUCGGCUGCUGUGCUACUUUAUCGAAUUAGUAAAAUACAAAGCAAAUAUUCGUUCAAUUUGCAUGAGACGAUGCUCGCUGCGGGCAGCGAAGACGUCUACAGCAAUCUGCUGCAAUAUCAGACGCACUUGCAUUCGAAGUCGGCGGGGGCUGUGCACAACUUCUUAGACACGAAUUUAGACCAAAUUGCGAAGGUGAGACAGUCCCUGGAAGCGCUAUCGACCCUGUUGAUCCCCAACAACAGGCAGAAAGAAGCGAGUUCCAGAGACAGCAGCAGUUAGCCACGUUAAUAACAGUGCUAGGAAUGUGAUCAGUAUUCAAUCUUUUAAAUUUAGAUUUAGCAAUAUUUCACUUAAAUAUUGUUGCCACCAUCCCAGUAUCGACACUAGGCCGCGCUGUUUCAUCAUAUUUGCCAAAUCUAUUAUUGCCAUAAGGGUAAUGGAACUACUCCUAUGUAUAGUCCGCACGUUUAUACUAUAAGCUCAAUUUGUCACGAGGGGUUUUUGGUGUAAUGGACCGAUGAUUGUAAACUGGGACUUGUUUUUAAUAGUUAAUUAAUUUAUCGCCAUCUAGUACAAACUUAUUUUAUAAUUCCACUUUAGUUCAACGCGCCCAACACUGUCUAGCAAUAAUAUCAAAGGAUUUUUUAAAAAAAAAGAUUGGGAACUAAUGCUGUGAAUUGGUACUGAGCGAUUUUCGUAAUUUUAGAAACUUCGUAAUCCUGAUUAGGCAGAAACUUGUUGAAACGUUCAUCCUUUAUUUCAAUGUACAGUUUAAUAGGAACGAUUUACACUGUUUUUAAUUUUACAUGUACCUACGAUGUUUAUAUGUUAGGUGUUAAUUUAUUGCGGUUAGAGUUGUGUUUUGUCAAUUGUUUUGUAACAUGUUAACAUAGAAGAAACCUGUGAUAUCUUAUUUGUUUUGCUUUUAUCAAUAAAUAGUUACAAUUUAAUACAA